UACAGCUAUAUCAAUCUAUCCAUCCAGCUUUCCCUGUCCGGAACAUUGUCGUGCGCGAUCCUUUUGGUUAUUUUGUUUGGCCACCUUAAGUUUGUGCCGAGACUGUACGCUAUGUUGGUAUUCAGAACAUGUGGUACAAGGCGUGCUUUCUCCAGAAGCAGUGUUGGCCGAAUAUUACAUGACGGAGUACGUCAGAGAAGGUGAGGUCUCCGGCGCCGAUCCUUUGUACGGAAGGAGCGUUGAGACGUAAUCCGGAAUAGCAACAAGCGUCAAUCAAAAACACUGCUUCGUUAUCUCUGAGCGCCUGCGACGGACUCUGCUGAAGCCAACGACAUGGGUUAAGUCGUUCCGUCCGCUACGACGCAUUUAUUUAUGACCAUGGGUGUGUUGCUGAGGGUUCAGCGCAGUGCUCGCAGCGUCCUACUGCUGUCCACGCGGCGCGCGCUGUUGCGCUUUUGUCGAUGUCAUCCGGGGUCUGGCUUUCUGAUCAGCCUGUUUCUCGUGUCUCUGUGGUUGAGCGCGUUGCGUUGUCCCACGUGGCUGAGAGGCGACCACAUCGUUUACUCCGAGGCCGACAUCGAACACAACACGAGCGAGUGUCCGUGGACACCUCGCGAAGAGUACCAGUUGUCUUGGCAGAGCACGGACUCGCGCAUAAGGUGUCCGCCACCCGCAGACCACGGCGUUAGUGCUGUCAUUGUGCAGAGGAGCGUGAACAGAACGCUUCUGAAGGAACUAGAAAGCAAACUGCUUCCGGGCGGCCGCUGGUCGCCGCCUUCCUGCAACUCGCGACACUUUGUGGCAAUCGUCGUUCCGUACCGUGACCGGAGCGAGCACCUGGACCUGUUCCUGCAGCACAUGCACCCGUUUCUGCAGCGGCAGCAGCUGCAGUACGGCAUGUUCGUAGUCGAGCAAAGUGAGCGGCACGCGUUCAAUCGGGCCAAACUGUUCAAUGUUGGCUUCACCGAGGCCCUUGCCCGAGACAGCUACUGCUGCUUUGUCUUUCACGAUGUCGACCUGCUGCCCAUAGACGCGAGAAACGUGUACCGUUGCGAGCGGUUUCCGCGGCACCUGAGUUCUGCCAUCGACGUGUUCCGUUUCGUGCUGCCGUACCCGGAUCUCUUUGGUGGCGCCGUCGCCGUGAGGGCUGAUCAAUUCCGCGAGCUGAACGGCUUCUCCAACGAGUUCUUCGGCUGGGGAGGCGAAGACGACGACCUCCAAAGGCGCAUCCGAGCCCGGGGCCUGUCUGUCAUACGUUGGCCGAGCUCUGUGUCGCGCUACACCAUGCUGGCCCACACCAAGGCGAAGCCCAGCCUGCAGAGACAGGAACUUCUCAGGAAUGCCGAGUCCAGGUACGAAAUGGAUGGCCUCAACAACCUCCGCUACCAGGUCCUCGCCCUGGAGGAGAAGCCUUUGUACACGCGAAUUCUGGUGAACGUCGAUCCACCGGCCCAACCAGAAGGCAUUCCAGGGCUGGUAGACAUGCGGCAUGUCAAAGGAAAGCACUCACUACUGGGUGCAGUCUGAUAUUGUGCUGUAUUGCACGUUCAUGCUCAAUGCCGAAUGUAUGUACAAUUGCAGCAAAUCUAUGCUUUUAACCCUCCAGAACAAGAAAGAUGGGUGCAGUGUAGUUGACAGCUACUCAAUAGCACUGACAGUUGGGCAAGUUGGUGUUGGUUCAUAGUUGUGAAUGGCGCAAAAAAGCACAUGGUACACAGAUGAAGAAAACCACACAGACUACAGGCACCGGUUCAUAGUUAUGAACGGUGCAAAAAGGCACACGGGACACCAUGUGCUUUUUUGCGCCGUUCAUAACUAUGAGUUGACAACUACUGUACUUUCUGCAGCUGCGACACUUAGCAACAGUAAUAGUUGGUCUGUUGCUCGGAGGCUUGUAUGUGAUAAAAAACUUGUAUAUGUUUCGUGCUGCACUUGGGUGAAAUGUUGGCACUAAUCAGCAGCUUGAUUUAGAUAGAAGGAGGGUGUUAUUCAGUGCAAUAAGAGCUGGUGCAGUGAUCCAUGUGAUCUCGCAUCCCGUUGUGCUGUGGAAAUUGUACCAACUGGUACUAACAAGCGAAUGACAGCACAGUGAAUGGGAAUGUUUGAUGGAGGCAGCUUGCAGUUUAGUGCAGCUGUGUGUUAGAACCUGAAAUCUUCAGUCUCACCUUAUAAUUGGCAAAUGUAGGAAAUCCCUAAGAAAUUUAUAGUGUCAUCCUGAAUGCUGCGUUAUUAGCUGCAUCGAACAGUAGUUUUGCACACCUCAUCGCAUCUCAUGUUUUUCAAAUGUGCGUACAAAAAGCAACACCUUAUGAGCAAGGUCUAGAUUGAGGUUACAGCUGUGCCAAUACAGUGCAUGUCUGUUCAUGUGCCAUUAACAACACUUAUAGAGCAGCCUCUGGGCACAUAGCCUGACACUCGACACACGAGCAAAUGUGCAAUAAAAGGUUAUAUAUUUCUUGAUACUGAAAAGCAUGCUGUCAUCACCUAGAAGACUGGGUGGCCUGCUGCUGAAUGCUUAUAUUUGCACCACAUUUAAAAGCCCUGUGGCUGUGCUAAGUUUGCUUCAUUCUUGCACGUAGCUCACCUUUAAUGAACUGGCAUAGGAGUUGGCUUUGAAUAUAAAACUUGGUGAUUUCAUUGCUUAUUGUCUUGAGUGCAAGCUUGUAAUUUCAAUUCAUCUUUGCACUAGCGCUGCAAAUUCAGAGCUUCACGUGGGGGUCAAGUGACGGCUGUGUUUAGUACCACAGUUUGCUUUACAAGGCAAACAUUAGGUGAACGCACAUUGUUUUAAUACUAUUCCAGAAGUAUUGUAGCAAUUUUUCAUGCCAAGAAAGUGCCUUACUCUUUACGGUCACAAGCCCUUAUUUAAAAUGAGGUCAUUUCAUUGAAAGGCCAUUAUGUACCUUUCAGGCACCAUGCAGAAAAAAAAAAAUGCAGGUCUGAGUAUCUUUUUUAACUGCUUCUCAAUAUUCUAGCAUGCCAGUGGUACUUGAGUCUAGUAUAAUAUUGCUUAAAGCACUUUCCAGGGCCUGCACUUGCAAAUAUUUCAGCAGGGGAUGGUUUCUUUCACCAAGAACAGUGCAGUUGCCAUUUGUAAUCUAAUGCACCACUACAGGAAUGUCACAUGGCAGUGUGGCUCCGACAAAUGACCACAAAUAGUUGUUUUAAAAGAACUUAUGUCAUGGAGUUCCUGCAAUUCUUUAGUGCAAUCCAAAAGGCCAAUCCUCAUUCAAAACAAUGAUGUGGUGUGUGCAGUUAUGACCUUUUACCACCUGACAAGCUGCACUAAGGUUUUUGCCAAAUUUGUGUCUAAAGCUGGAAAUUUUGGCCUGUAAACAAGCUAAUGAUACCCACACAUGCAUUAUGUUCUCCCAAUUAAGCUAGAGAGAGUUUCACUAUUGAGCAAGACUUUCAAAGUGCUACACAUUUCAAGCUGGAGCAUGCUGUCAUCACCUAGAAGACUGGGUGGCCUGCUGCUGAAUGCUUUUAUUUGCACCACAUUUAAAAGCCCUGUGGCUAAGAAGACUGCCUUUCCACCUCUUGUUUCAUAAUUCGAUGUAACUUCAUUGUUUACCGACAUUGUUAUCAAUAAUGUAUUUUUUCCGUAGUUCUUGCAGUAGAAGACAUUACAAAAAAGUUUUUUUGCUCUGCCCACUUGAGGACACCAAAACUAUAGACGCACAACCAAGCGAAUCUUUGUGAAGCUGCACUGUACUCCAAUGCAAGAAUCUUGCCUCUCACUGAUCUGAGCCGACUAUGCGAGCACUGUUUAUGUGCCGAAGGCUCAAGCGAGUGUAGAGGCAAUGAAAGUUCUGCCACGUCAUUGCAAUUUCUGCCAUGACGACUGACAGCCUUGUACGAUGUGAACAGGCUUCUCUCAUAUUUUCAACCACCGCCCCAUAAUUAGCUCUGGCUUUGCUCUGCUGUGAAAGCUACUCGAAGGAAGAGGCCAGGUGUCAACAGUGCUGCUGCUGCAGACUGCACCACUUUUACUGACUCUCUCAAGAUGCCCAGCUGCUCCCACUUUUGCCAAAAAUUACUACUUGAAUUUCCUCGCGCAUUAUAAGAGAUUGCACACUCCAGUCAUUUCUCGUUUUAGAGUGAAAGCUGUUAUGAGAUCAGAACAGAGGUCACGUGCGGUGCCAUAGUUGUCCGUAACUAGUACUGCAAGAAAUAAACACCAAGGACACAAUGGGAUUCUAACCCGGGUGCAUUUCUUGCCAGAUAUUCUAAACUGGCCUUAUGCAGGCCUGAUGUCGGGAAAGGAAUCGGGUUAAUAUUGUUACGGGAAACAUGAAUAAUAAAGCAUUUCAGAACAUCAAAGGAACAACAACGCAUCACACAAUGCGAAUUGUGUAAUGAGUGGGUCGUUCAAUGCUUCAACCUAUUACGAAAGCUUGUUCUUGAUCACCUGUUAACUGUGGGGCAUACGAACCUCAGGCAUAAUUUUUCAUCGUAGUCAGCCACUGCAUAAAAAGGUUGCGCAAAAUUCCUAGCAAGUGUGUAGCGGAUACUACGCUUCUCCGAAGAAUGACGAAGGAUAGCAUAGUGAAUGCUGGCCUACUACAUAAAAAGUAUGAUUAUUCAUGGCGUAGUGGGUGCCCAGCAAGUGUGCUUGUAGCAGUUACCCAAUGAGAAAAGGCUCUGAAAGGUCGCUAUUCCAGCUUUCACUGUGCUGAAAGUUCAGUGCAGGCCUGGCUUUUUUUUUAAGUGCUUCAGCUUCUUAUUAAAAAAACUGGAAAUAGGAGUGCGCAGGUGAUUAAAGGUUUUGGCCAUCCACAGUGCCCACAUAAUUGUCUACUUGAACCUCGCACUAGCAGUAUCCAAAAGCAGACCCUGUGAUAUUGGUGGCUGUUAUUCAUAGAAAAUACUCCCUGCGAUUAUCACCUAGGAUCCUCCAAGAAUUGGGUAGAAGAGCAUCUUAUUCACUCUUACAAUGUGCUGUAAUGAUCUUUCUGCUGUGUGCGGUUGUGAUGGGAUUAUAUUGAGCAUGGUCAUCACACCAGCACUUCUGCUGAAGUUGUAUUUCAUGUCCUACAUUUGUUUUUAUAGCUUCAUUACUAAAGUGCUACAAUCUGCAAAAUUGACAUGCCAGAUGCUCGCAAGUAUUCAUCUGUUAAUGUUACCUUAAUUUUCAUCUGCCUUUUGGGGAUACCCAAGCGAAACAAUGAAUCGGUUUGGAUUGAUAAAUUGUCGUUCAUUUUACCACCGUAUGUAUAAUGAUGAUGGAGAAAACUUAGGCCAAUAUUUCACUUGAAUUCGCACCAGAAUUGCCCCCACAUACUGUUGCAAAUUUCAAUGUACAUUUUUCAUAUGGCAACAGUAGCUAAGCAAAAUUUUCGGACUCCUGAUAUGUUAAGUCAAUGGCCCAUUCAGAGGACAAUGUACUCCACCUUUACUUUUACUCAUUAGAACUAUGUGGAACUGAGCAGAUGCCAUCAAAAUCUAUGACAUCACAAUGUUUGAUGCAAAAAGUUCAAGGUGGCAUCACCACCCUCAAUUUCUUUGUGUGUUAAUUGGAUUAUGAAGCGUUGCCUUACAGCAAAAGUGGCGAUUUUAGAAAGCUUUUCUUUUCCUUUCAAUGCAGGCAUGUUAGAUCCAAAUGGCACCUGUAAUUCAUUGAAGUUAAGGAAAGAGACUAGGCUUGAAAUAGCAAAACUGGUUGCAAUUAGGCUAAGCUUUAGAGAGGUGAUGAUAUUUUGUUUCUACAUUGAUUCUCGGCGGUUCGUGUUAAACCACAAUCACAAACGUCCAACCUCCAGAGGCAGAAACUCCAUUGAAACCAUAGCAGCGGCCGUUGUAGAAAAUCUGUGGCACAUACUUGUGGAUGAUAAUGCCUUCUGGACCCCAAAGAGCAAAAUCAUUUUCGAGAUUUAGCAAAGAAAUAUUUCACCAUCCUGAAAACCUUACUUUUAUCACGAUACAGCGCUUAGUAAGCGAGAAAAUAUGGGUGGCACCGCCACCUUGAGCUUCCUGCACCAACCACUGUGACGUAAGAAAUUUUGAAGGCGUCUACUGGGUCCUACGUAACUUUCAAUUGAUAAAAAUGAAGCACAUUGUAAUGCGUGGGUGCCACAGGCUUAUUAUAGAAAGUUUCAGAAAAUUUCAUCAAGUCAAUGUCACAAAGCCGUUGUCGUCCUUUUACCCUGGCCUGCGUCCCUUCGGGUCUCGCCGCCUCCCAUUACUCCCGCAGUCUCACCUGAGCCUGUGCGGUCACUGGCUCCUGGGUCGCCAUUUCGACCCUCGUCUCUGAUCGGGCAUAACCCAGUUCCAUUUGAUCUCGGGCCUCUCUUCCUUUCGUCGACACCUAGUGAGGUGGUACCUUGCUGCGGUACUCCCCGUCGACGAGCCAUUUCACGGAUUCUGUGACGAUUUGGCGUCGUCCUCACCGCCGCCUGAUGCUGGGCCCCCUCCGGCCCUCCCGCCGGCGGCAAAUGCUCGGCGGCGUCUGCCUUUUCCGCCUCGGCGUCCUUGUCCGUGGACAAGGGGGUGACGGAUUCCGACAACGACAUCAACACUUCUGAGCAGCCCAAGUCCGCAACUUCGAGCCUCGAGAUGACCCCAGGCCAUACGUACCACCUCGGUGACCUGGCCCGCCUGCUCCGCUCUCUGCUUUGAGACUCGCCCUGUGACUAGUCGUAAGCCCGCUGGGAGGAUGCUCAGAAUCUGGCGGUUGCUUUGGCCACCGAAGCGGUGCAUUUCCGACAAGUGCGUGCCCGCCGCCAACGCCGCUAGGCUAACCCUGACAAUGUGGCGGACGUCCAGCGACUCUACCGCCGCAACUGAGGCUGCACAGUGUGACUCAUCUUGGAAGAGCCCUUCUAGACGUGCGUCAUCCCUCUCCAGGACCUUAAAGAUUACCAAAGUCGCACGUGGUCGGAUCGACAAGCCGCUUCAACCCUCCUUCUUCGCCGAGAGCCUGCGCUUGCAGGCGUUGACGUCACGCCAUUUAGUCCCGAAGAGGUAUUUUUGCGACUCUGCAAAUCCAAGAACACAGCACCAGGCAGCGAUCGUCUGACAUAUCACCAUUGGAAGGCGGUCAACCCCGAGGAACGGUCCCUGGCUGCAUUGUUUAUCCCCUGCGUUCAUCACUAAGGAACACCGGAAUCCUGGUGGACUUCCCGGACCGUCCUGAUUUUCAAGAAAGGCGACCCCCAAAUCUCUUCAAAUUGGCGCCCCAUCGCUUUGGGUUGCAUGGCAUCGAAGCUAUACGCCAAGUGCCUCAUGGCCCGACUUCAGGCGUGGGUCUUGGAGUUCAAAAUCAUGUCCUAGUGUCAGAAGGGAUUCUUGCCCCACAACGGAGUUUUCGAGCUCAACUACAUACUGCAGCAGUGUUUCGACAUGGCCCAUUUGGGGGUCCCCCGACUUCUGCGCCAAAAAUAUAUAUUGAAGUUUCUUAAAUCACACGUGGAGAUGUUAGUGUGAAAUCUAAAAAGGAAACAUUAUCCUUGAUUUUCUUCGCUACUAAUUACCUUUGUGAAAUAUAUGACAACAGAGUUGUCAGAGUGCAGUUUGUCAAUUUGAACCAAGUCAUUGUUUUUAUUUAAUGUCCCCUUAAAGAGCCUUGUGGCUUAAAAUAAACUCGGGGGUCGCUUAAGCUUCGCCUCCAGAAAUAGAAUGCAAUAGUGUGACGGGCCCCGAAAGGGAAAGAAGACAACUCCCCGUUAGUAGCACGAUGCCACAAGGAAAUCCAUACGAAUUUCUCAGAAAGAAGACCUCUUGGAACCCGGUACCAAGGCCUUUCUGGGCCGGUCGCUCUGCCAAUUGAGCUAACCAGGAAGCUAGCAAUUGACAGCGCAAGGGUGAAUUCAUUGACAACUCGAAGCACAAGAACACAAGUAUAGCAAAUGAGUUCUGCUGAAACCCGCAAGGUCGUAGAAGGGUUAAAAAAGGAAAGAAAGGCAACCACUCAUUUGUAGCACGAAGUGACAAGUAAAUCCAUUUGUAUUUCUCAGAAAGAGAGCUCUUGGUAGUAGCCAAAAAAUUCGUCCUGGUACAGGUUUUAAACCCGGGACCAGCUAGGCUUCGCCACUCUGUGAAUACCUGAACUACGCGGUAAAGAAAGAAAUGCCUUUAUGCAUAACAUGGCCACCUAAACUAUCCUAGAAUGAUACAGUGCAAGUAUUUCAUGUUUCAUACAUGAAGGAUAAGCGAGAGUAAAAGCAUUACUGAAACAGCUUGACUAGCUCUUGCUACCUAAAAUGAAUGGGUCAAAAGCACUGGCAUACAAAUUAAAUAACAAAAGCAUACUUUACAAAAAUAUGAUAAUGACAAUCAAUUACAUAAUCUAAGCAUAAACGGGAUACAACAGUUUCCGUGAAGAGAAAAACAAACAUCAGAAGCUUAAAAAGCUAUGUGUACAUGUGUUACAAAAUGCAGAAGAGGUGAAACAUACAAAAGGGUAAACGACAUCAUGAUGCAAUUAAUAUGAAUAAUGAUGCAACAUUUUUUGUGGUCAUGUUUUCUAUAUUUACAUCAAUGCUUCAAUCAAAUAAUUCAGCAUUCUGGGAAUAGUAUUGUGUACCAUUUGGUCACCAUAUUUUGUAUGUGAUUGGUGUAUAAACGAGAGGUUACGCAUAUGGGUAUCAUAUUUAUUCUCUGAAGGUUGUAGGUUGGCUAGCUCAGAUAGUACAGUUUUUUGCUUCGUCUUUUUUUAUAAUCCCAUAAUUGUUGUAAUUAUAAAGAUUUUGAAAACGAAUUAGUUUGUAUUUUUGUUGCACGUAUACAACUGAUUGAUAAGGUUCUUUCUUAGCGAUAAUUUUUAGGAAUAUAUUUUGAAUUCUACUGAGCUUAUCAAUAUUUGUUUGUAUUGUGUCCCCAAACUAUAAAGCAAUACUUAACAUAGGACAUAAACAAAGAAUAAAUUAUGCGCAUUGUUUUAAUGGAAGUAGAUGAAUAUUGCAAAAAAAUAUAUUAAGUACACGAACAGUUUUUGUCGCUGCUUGCUCUACAUGCGUGUCCCAUAGCAUGCUGUUUGAAAAUACCGCACCUAAUGUUUACACAUCCUCCCCCAUUUGAAUCAGAUUGUUAUUAAGUUAGAGCGGAGAGGUUACUUGUACCUGCUUGCCUUUUGCUCGAAACAUAACCGCAUUGGUUUUUUCUGUGUUUACUAAUAGCCCAUUGGAACAUGCUCACUUAUAUAUCUUUUUUAUUAUAUUAUUUCCUCUUUCAAUCAACUGGUCAGCAUCAUCAUGUGCAAAAAGUACGCUUGUUUCAUCAGCUUAAAUAACAAAUUUUGCUGAAGGGUCUAUUACAAUGCCAUUUGUUUAUAAAAUAAACAAAAACGGACCUAAAAUACUGCCCUGAGGCACUCCGAGAUAGUUUGGUUUAGUCGUCGAAGAAACAUUGUUUAUAAACACGUAUUGUUUCCUUUCACUUAGGUAUGAGUGAAACAAGUCUAAAGCAACACCUCAUACACCGUAUAAAUCUAGCUUACAUAAAAGUAACUUCCUAUUCAAAGAGUUAAAGGCUUUGCUAAAAUCGAUAAAGAUACUGAGUACUAGUUGUUUACAUUCUAUACUAUUCAAAAUGAACUCUUUCUGAUCAAGUAGAGCAAGCUCAGUUGAUAAGAUUUUUUUCUGAAAUCAUAUUGUGCUUCACAUACUAUAUUAUGUUUGUGAAUAAAUUCUUCCAGCUGGGAAUGAAGACUUUUUCUAUUAUUUUAAGAAAUACUAGCGAAACUGAGAUGGGUCUAUAGUUUGCUAAGUUAUUCUUAUGUCUCUUUUUGUACAAGAUGCACACUUUGGCAGUUUGAAAUAGCAUAGGACAAAUUCCGUUUGUCAGACAAAGGGUAAUGAUUUCAGAAAGUAAUUGGGUGAUUAUUUUGGAGGUGUAUUUAAUUGGUUUGAUUUGAAAACCAAAACAAUCACAGUAUUUACAAUUUGUAAGCCGCAUGAUUGUUUCAUAUACCUAGUUUUCACAAGUAGGUCUUACAAGCAGUACUUGGGCAUUUAUACGAAACGUAUGAUGUUGCAACAAGAGAUGUUUCUGGAAAGGCUAAGUUUACUAGACAAUUGUUAGACGUAUUACAUAGUUUACUGCCACUAAUAACACAACCAUUAAUUCUAGUUUCUGUAAUUAUCCUAUUUGAAUUGGUUGUUCCUAGCACUUUAUUGAUGUUUUUCCAAGUAGAAGCAGAAUUACCAGGUCAUUGCAUAAAUAUGUUAUGAAAAUAACAUUCUCUAGCUUUUUGAAUAUCUUUAUUUAGAUCAUUGCAAAAUGGUUUGAAGAUGCUAAGUAGUUGUGUGUCACGAGAAACCAGAAAUGCAUUAUACAUUGCAUUCUUUUAAUGAAUUUGAUGCAACAGGUCUCGUGUUGCAUCAGGAACCGUUCCUCGGGGUCGACCGCCUUCCAAUGGUGAUAUGUCAGACGAUCGCUGCCUGGUGCUGUGUUCUUGGAUUUGCAGAGUCGCAAAAAUACCUCUUCCUAAUUUCUUUAGAUAGGUGGUGGGUGACCUGAGGGAAGUUGUGUUUAUACAGUUCCUUGAAUUUUUCUAUGAAUCUAUUGACAGCAACAAUCGGGUUGUCAUUUGCGAGAAUAUCGUUCAAGGAAGUAUGAACUAGUUCCUGACGAAAAUUUUUAAGAUUUUUUGUUGUUAUAAAAUGCAACGGUAUAGAAAGCCGUUUCUUUUUUAUUAGUUGCAUAAUAAUUAAAAUUAUGGGAAGGUGAUCAUUUAUGUCGCACAAAAUGGUCCCAGGUUUAAUAUUCUUGUAACUAACGUUCGUUAGAAAAACAUUGAUUAAUGUAGAUGAAUUGUCAGUAACCCUUGUUGGCAUAUUAGUCAUGUUAGACAAUCUGAAGCUAUUAAACACGUCAUCUCAUGUUUAGUAGUUUCAUUAGACAGCAUGUAAACAUUAAUGUCACCACCGAUAAGUAGUGACAUAGUUAUCCAGCAUAGUAUGGGGAAAUAAGUUUUCCAAACGACCCGUAAAAGUUCUGAUACUUCAUGAUGAAGGAUGGUACAUAAUUGAGGUGACCUAAUUGCCUAGGACAGCAGUCAGCAUUUCACAAUCAGGUUCUGAACAACAAAAUUCUGUUAAGAGUUGACAAUCAGGGGUUUCCUUUACAAGUAAGCAAACACCACCACCACGACUGUGGAUACGAUUAACACAAAAAUCAUUGUAACCAGGCAUAGAAAAUGGGUUAUCAUCAUUUGUGUACAAAGUCUCAGUCAGCAUUAUGACGUCAAAA